AAAAUAUAUAAUUAUCAAUGUUUCAGAUUUCAUCAGUGAAAAAAUAUCGUAAGACGAUAUUAAAAAUGAAAUAUAAAAGUAAUCUCCGUGAAAUUCGACUCAGUGACAGAGUUUGAAAUCUAGAUUAUUUGGUAAAAUACUGAAAUCAUUUCAAGAUUUGAGAACAAUCGUAUUUUAACAAAUACCUUGGAUUUUAUAAGAAAAAAGUUCAAAAUAAGAUGAAGAGAGAAAAAAGAAGUAAAUUUAUGAAGAUCGGACUCGAUCUUUUCCUUUAUACAAUUAUCCUGGUUCCUCUACUCCUGUCUAUACUUGGAUAUCUACACCUGGAGACUGGAUCCUUCAACUGCAAUGAUUCCUCCAUAAAUCUUCAUUUUAGAGGGAACAGUGUCUCAAGGAAACAUAUUCUUACUUUCAUCUUCCUUCCGAUCAUUGCCUUGGUUUAUUUGACGGAAUGGGUUCAGAUAUCAGCUCCGGAGUUACGUAGUCGUUGCAAGGAGUCAGGAAGGAGAACUCUUUUCAUCUUCAUAAGAUAUUGGAUUGCUUGCACCGUUAAUAUACUCGUCAACGAUGUUUUAAAGGUGUUGACCGCUGUGCCUAGACCACACUUCCUGGAGACGUGUCAACCUGACUGGGAUAAUAUCAACUGCACGGAUAACGGCGGGAAUGUGAUGUUCCGUAGAUCUAUCUGUCUAUCUGAGAACACUAAAGCUGUUCUAGAUUCUAUGAAGAGUUGGCCGUCAGGACAUGCGCAGCUUAUAUCAUUCUCAGCUGUAUACAUGGCGGUUUACAUCGAGAAAAGAAUAGGAGAACAAACUAGCCUAAUUGGAAAACGUUUACUACAAAUUAUUCUGUUUGUUAUAACAGUUUAUUCGUCUGCCUCUAGAAUACAGGAUCAACGCCAUCAUGUUUCUGAUGUAUUUGCUGGUCUUCUGAUAGGAAGCGUCCUAGCCCUGCUAUUCAGUCGGAAUAUUAUUCCUACCUCGUGGAACAUACUUCAGGAUGAUGAGAAUGAAACUGAUGAUAUGAAUGAAACUGGUCCUUCAACGCAGAAAUUCAUUGCUGACAAGUUUAGAGAAACAUCUAGAGAAAGGGAACUCAAAGAGAUAAACAUGGCCUAAGUCAAUUAAGCGAUCACUGAGCUAAAGAGAAGAAGAUUGUGAUGAUAUGAUCAGAUGUUUUGGCGCAAAAAAUUGUAUAACAGUACGCAGUAUAGCGCCAUUUUCUCACUGUGAAGUUUCCGAAAGUCGUCUUAUAACGUUGUUAUAUUUCGUUAUAUUUAGAAUUUAUAAAAUCACAAAUAAUCCUAGACCUGUAAACAUCAAAACUUUGCAUCACAUUUAAUUGAAAAAAUGGAAAUCACUCUGUAAACGAAUUAUUUGUUUGAGCAACUUUACUUAGUUCUUG